AUGCCAAACUAUUCAAAGUUCAUGAAAUAUGUGCUCACUAAGAGUAAAAGAGUAGGAGAAUUUGCAACUAUUGCACUAACUCAAGAGUGCAACCGAUUGGUUCAAGGCAAGCUUCCUCAAAAACUGAAAGACCCUGGAAGUUUUACUGUCCCCUGCAUAAUAGGAGAUACUUUACGUGGAAAGACACUAUGUGGUCUUGGAGCUAGUAUAAAUCGCAUGCCCUUGUCCAUCUUCAAGAAACUUGGAAUUGGAGCUGCCAGGCCAACGACAAUUACUCUCCAGCUAGCUGACAUAAGCAUUUGUUAUCCUCAAGGGAAGAUAGAAGAUGUAUUAGUGAGAGUUGACAAGUUUGUGUUCCCUGAUAAUUUCAUUAUCAUGGAUUUUAAUGUUGAUGAAGAAACUCUCAUUUUGUUGGGAAGAUCUUUCCUAGCCACUGGUGGGACUUUAAUUGAUGUGGAAAGAGGAGAACUCACUGUGAGAGUCAAUGGACAUCAAGUUGUGUUUAAUAUACUCAAUGCCUUACAGUAUCCUGAAGAAGAUGUAGUUGAAUGUUCCAUGAUAUCAAGUUGGGAAGGAAUCAUCCACAAGAACUUACUCAAGUCAAAUAAUGUGUUAGAGCAAGAGCUGGGAAAGUUAGAAAAAGAAGACGUUCAACAUGAUGGUAUCAUUAGUGGACCCUUAUGCAAAUCAUAUAUUCCUGAAGAACCUGUAAAGGUAUUGGAAUUAUCCACUAAACUGAAGAAUCAAAGGUUACCAUCAGUAGAGGUUCCACCUGAGCUGGAGCUUAAGCAACUCCCAUUUGCAAUAUGCCUACCUAGAGGCAGGACAAAAGUUUCCAGUCAUUGUGGCUACUGA